AUGCCUGCAGGCGUCGCCACCGUCGUGGCCAACCAGCUAGGGAUUUCUCCCGGAGACCUAGCCCCGCGUCCCACUGAGGGCCCAGAUCCCUGCCGCCCCCUUCACCGGCGCCUUCGGGGGCGACGAGGAGGGGGGAAGACGGAGAGUGGGGCCGGUGGUGGAGGGACUAGGGUUUGGCUCGAAGGGGCGACACGAUGGGAACGGGUCCAGUUCUCGUACACCACGUCCCCUCCCUCCAUCACCGCCGGUCCGCCGCAUUCCUCCCGCUGCCCCCUCCGCCACACAGGCACACAGCUGCACCGAGCCAAGUGGAGCUCCCAUUCUUCCAUUCCUCCCCGGCUCCAGACCGAUGACUCCCCACGGCGCAACCGCCGCUCCGAGUUCCGGUGCGGCACUCCGCCUCCCGCGCGCCGACGCCGCGCGGAAUGUGCGGGCGAGGAGGAGGGUAGCCCUACGAGCUGCGGGGUCGAACCGAGGUGCCCGAGGCACCAGGAGGAGCGGAAGACCGGGCGUUCCGGACUCGGACCGUGUUCCCGUACUGCAGUCCCACAGCUUUUUCUCCGAUGUCCGGGACUGCUGCUAUUGGUGUUGUGGCAAGAAAUGACCAAGGGGUGGUGGUUGCAGCUCUCAGUGCUCCUAUCAGCGCUUGUUACGAUGUUGAGGAAGCUGAAGCUAGAGCUAUUUUUGGAAGGACUCCAAAUGGCCUCAGAGCUGAAGAUCAAGUGUGUGGCGCUGGAGUCGGACAGUGCACUUGCUGUAGAUGCUUCGAACGCCACGACUAGAAACCACUGCCAGUUCUGGAGCGUCUAUAAGGAAAUUGGUUUGGCAAAGUCAGUUUUUUCUAGUUGUUCUAUUUCGUAUACUAGGAGAAAGCUCAAUUCAUUGGCUCAUGAGCUAGCCAAACGAGCUAGUGUUUCAGGUGUCUGUAGUCGAUGGUUCGACCCGGUGCCGGAGGAUAUAGCUAGCUUGGCUAAACGGGAUCUUGUAAACAUUGUUUAUGUGUAAUGUAUGAGCUUUCCCCCUAAAAAAAAAAGAAAUUACCGGUGGUAUUUUUUUUUAA